AUGGCUGAUAUCAUUCUCGCUCACAUUUAUGAGAUUGAAACCCACCAACAACACCUGGUCUGGUCAAUGCAAGCGUCCGUUUCGAGUUUACCAGAAAGUCGUCUUGGCUAUAGGUCGAUUACGGAUGAUGACUCUGAAGUUAGCAACCGACUGACGGGAUCUUCCAGGCCGAAUGCAAGCAGAACUCUAUCAAUUCAAGACACUGUUCCCCUGACCGCUCAAACGUCAAACAAUAGCAUUCGUUCUCUCACACCACUGGUUACCACGGCUCCGAUGAAGGUCCGUUUGUUACGUGGGUGGUCAAAUAAAGGCGUUCUGCUGUUAGAAAAUAAAGGUUCUGUGGCGAGGGACCACCUGGCCAGUGAAAGGACGUUCCUUUCUUGGCUAAGAACUUCUCUGGGUUUGGCAUCAUUUGGAAUAGCGAUUACUCAGCUACUUUCACUUACAGAUGGUGACAACAGUAGCGAUUUCUCUGGGACGGAUUCCGGUCCCAUGGAGGUUGAAAAAAUCAUUGGCCUUUCUUUCGUAGCUUUGGCGUUUGUCACAUUAUUGAUUGGGUUCGCAAGGUUCUUCCUUGUUCAGGAGUUGCUCCUGGAGUCUAGUUUCCCUGUGAGCAGGUUCUCUAUGGGCACGGUGGUUUUUGGUACCACAGCAUUGUUUAUCGGUAAAGUUCACGGAUCCUUGUCUCGUGCUGGUAAAGUUAAGUCGCAGACUCCAAAGGUUGAGAAAACCGAAAAGCCAAAGAAACCAAAGGGAAGAGCUUACAAGAGACUCUUAUACACCAGAAGAUUCGUUAACGUCACUCUGACUAACGGUAAGAGAAGAAUGAACCCAGGUCCUUCUUCUCAGUAG